AUGUCUGGCUCGACUCAAGCAAAGAUUUACCUCUCCACCCUUUUACCGAUAGCUGUCACCGCUGCCGUCCUCCCUCAAAACGGAAUGUCUUUAUAUCCACGCCUUGAUAAGUUACGGAGCAUACCGUGCGAUCCCGUGAGCAUAGAGAAAGUUCAAAACUUCUUUACCAAUGCAGGGAUAGGUUCUACUGGGAUAUUUUUGGCUAUAGUUUUGGGGCCGGUUGUUGUCCGGAGCAUCUUCAGGUGGCAGAAUAGACGACGAAGAGAAAGGGAACAACGACUGUCUGCUCCGAUGGUAAUGCCGCUGGGGGAGAAACGGAAGGAGGAUGAGAAGAAAUCCUUGAUAUAUGGAGAUAAUCCUGAUUAUCACGCGGGUGUUGAUUUGACGCCUACACCUCCCUCAAGCAACACAGCCGAACGUAAACCUAAACGUUUCCGGCAUCUCAGGAUACACAGCCUAGAUGAACUUCCACCGCCAACCUUAGACGAUAUAUCCCAUCAAAGCAUAUCGUGGAGUUGCCCUGUGAGUCCAGUACUUGAAUCUGCGCCAACUCUGAACAAGCCCGGGAAGAGGAGGUCUCCGUUCAACCCUGUAGUUCCGGGCAUGAAAACGACCUGGGAGGAAGGUGUGGAUCCCGUAACUGGCCGGAGGUGGAAACGCAAAUUGGUGGUUUACACCUCUCUCGAGACGUUGGAUAAAACAUCAGACGAAAAAAUGGUUGGAGAACUGGGUUCCCAGGAAAAUAGUUCCCCCCCGAGGUCAUAG